GGUGCAACGAGCCAAUCAGGUUGAAGAAUGCUGGCGAGGCUGACGCUGCUGCUGGCGGCGCUGGUCGGCGCGCAGUCCGCCGACGUCCGCACGCAGCUAGGCCGCCACGUGCACGCACUCGAGCUCGUCCGCGCUCUUCCGGCGCCCGCGAAGGCCGCCAAGAUCCUCUGCUGGGUCAACACCUACGAGAAGAACCAUGGUCGCGCCGCGUCCAUCAAAGCGACGUGGGGCCGGCGCUGCGACAAGGUCGUCUUCAUGAGCAACGUCUACGACCCAGCGAUCCCUACGGUCCGCGUCGUGGCGCCGCCGACGCAUCUCCACCUGUGGCAGAAGCACCGCGAUAUCGUUCGCGUCCUCUGGCGCGAGUACGGAGACACGUACGACUGGAUCUUCAAGUGCGACGACGACACGUACGUCCUGGUCGACAAUCUUCGGCAUUUCCUCGCGCCCUACGAUGCGUCGAGACCCCAUCUGCUCGGCCACCGCAUGACGCUGCAGUGGUGGGAGCUCCGUCGCCAAUUUGAGUGGUUCCACUCUACGUCGCUGGACCGCAUGGCCCCGGCGCGUCGCGCUGCGGUCGAAGACACGCUGGCGGCGACGAGAGACCAGGGCGGUUUGUACUAUACGCCUGGUGGAGGCGGCUACGCCUUUAGUGCGCCGUACCUCAAGUUGCUCGUCGAGAGCUUGGACGAGCCGUACUGCCUUCCGGACGAGAUCGUGCCGGACGACUGGGCCAUUUCGUUUUGCAUGCGGCACCACGGAAUCGUGCCGGCCGACACGCGCGACGCUGCGGGCCGCGAGCGCUUCCACCAGUACAGUCCCGAGCGCAUCUUCUUCGAACCCCACGACGAAGACGCGUUCGACCACGCAGUGUACUCGUCGAUUUACCAAGAGAACAAUUGGUUCUCGGACCACUUUGGCAUCAGAUGGCUCAACGGUACGGGCUGCGCGGCGCCCGACACGGUCUCGUUCCACUACAUCGUCCCGCCCCUCAUGGAGGUCGUCGAAGCUUUUUACUAUCCGAACGCGACAGCUUGAAAGCACUUUCCUCUUG